UGAGUGGCUGUGACUUAACCUCAAUUUAGUGGUGUAAAAUUAUAAACAAAAUUAGCAAAAACAUUCUUUGGAAUGAAUCUGUAUCUCAAAUGCGCGAAAUGCCCAUUUAAGACAAAACUCUUAUUCAAGUUAAAGAGUCACACUACAAUUCACGCAGACGACCAAAAAAGAUUAUUUAUUUGCUCAAGUGGUAGCCUUGAACCUUAUAAGUGUUACAAAUGUGAUACAUUUGAGACACAAUAUUUGUCACAACUGAAACAUCACAUCGCUCAAGGUCACAUUUUGAGACAACACGAGAACAGACGACACAAAUCCAAACUCCAGUUGUGGAGUUGUGAUCAUUGUGAUUAUAAAUGUAAAUUAAAAUGUACAUUGAAAAAACAUAUAGUGUCAAGGCACUCGUUGAUGUGUGAUUUUGAGUACUUUCAAUGUAACCAAUGCCAAUUCAAGGCGGCUUUCAAAAGUAAAUUGGACUAUCACGUGACUACUAAACAUGGCUCCGAAAGACUCAAGUGCGACCAAUGCGAUUUCAAAACAAAAUAUAAGAGCCACUUACAAAGACAUGUCAUUAUUAAACACAGUGAAAAUCCAGAAAUGCACGAAUGCGACCAAUGCGAUUUCAAAACAAAAUACAAGCAGGUAUUACGAAAACAUGCCAUUGUUAAACACACUGAAAAUCCAAAAAUGUUUAAAUGCGACCAAUGCGAUUACAAGACAAAAUACAAGAACUACUUACAAAGACAUGUCAUUGUUAAACACAGCGAAAAUCCAAAAAGGUUCGAAUGCGACCAAUGCGAUUACAAAACCAAAAUGAAGUACUAUCUCAUGAGGCACCAAAAGUAUCAACAUAGCAACAUUCCAUUAUUCCAGUGUGCCAUUUGUGACUAUAAAGCAAAAUUAAAAAGCAGUUUACUCCAACAUUUGCUUUCAUUUCAUUCCACUGAUUCUCAAAAAUCGUAUCAAUGCAACGAAUGUGAUUUGAGAUUCACAACGAAGUUUCAAAAGGAGACACACACAAAAGAAGAACAUUUGAAGAACGCCAAAUUGUACAAAUGUGAUCUUUGCGACUUUAAAAGCAAGUGUUCAGGAAACGUCAGAACCCAUAAAUUGCGUAAACAUUCGGAUAAACGGUUCUACUGCGCACAUUGCACUCAUAAAACAAAAAGGAAGGAAUAUUUGAGAAUCCAUCUGAGGACGCAACAUAAGCUUGGGCUUCCAUAUAGUUCCUAAAAGUGAUUUACUUAAAUAUUAUAAAAAAAAUAUUUUUUUUUCUAUUAUUAUUAUUAUUAUUAUUAUUAUAUACCGGGCUUGGAUAUAGGAAAUUAACAUGGAAACUGACUGAUGGAGUUUGUAGUGCUUGAAGAGGGCUAUAUAUAUAUAUAUAUAUAUAUAUAUAUGGGCGACAACGACCGUUGAAAAAUCGAAAUUUGAAUUUGCUGGGUUAGCGUUACUAAGAAACGAACUAUGAAGUCAUUAUUGCCAAAGAAGAAUUUGUUUUUCUUUGUGAAUCUUAGUGUAUUGAUUUUAGAAAAAUCUAUUAGCUUUUGUAUACAUUUUGAGUGCAUUUUCUUGCACGAUUGUAUGGUGUGUUGCCUGACUUGAAUUGUAAUUUUAAACAGAAAUAUUACAUAAGAAAAUUAUAACUUUUUGUUCACUUUCAGUAUUCGAUUUUAUAAAUUUUAUUUAUGCGAG